CCUGGAGUCAAAUGGGAGAAGGAUAGCCCCUUCCCAUUAAAAAAAAGAAAAAUAAUCUAAGACAGUGAAUCUGAGAAUUGAGAGCCGCUUGGCUUUUUCUUACACAAAAGACAGGCAAAUGAAGCUCCAUGGUUGUGUAAAUAAAGGGGAGACUGUUGACACUAGCAGCUGUCGACCACUUCCCAGCUCCAUUUCAAAUAUGGCCAAGCUGUAAAGGACUAUUUGGGCAUUUUCUUCUCUUCUACGUGAACAACAUGGAGAGCUUGGAGAAACAGCUCAUUUGCCCCAUAUGCCUGGAGAUGUUUACAAAGCCUGUGGUUAUCCUGCCCUGCCAGCACAAUCUCUGCCGAAAGUGUGCCAAUGAUGUCUUCCAGGCCUCAAACCCAUACCUCCCGACAAGGAGUGGCUCGUUGGCAUCCGGAGGCCGCUUCCGAUGUCCGUCCUGCAGACACGAGGUGGUUCUGGACAGGCAUGGUGUUUACGGACUGCAGCGAAACCUGCUGGUGGAGAAUAUUAUCGACAUGUUCAAGCAGGAGUCUAGCAGCAGUACCACGCCAGCGCCCGAACGAAAGGAAGCGGCGUCGCCCAUGUGCGACGUCCACAAAGAAGAGAAGAUCAACAUUUACUGCAUGACCCAUAAUGUGCCCACCUGCUCCAUGUGUAAGGUCUUUGGAGCCCACAAAGACUGCCAGGUGGAGCCAAUCAGCAGCAUCUACCAGACCAAGAAGACGGAGCUGAACGACGGCAUCGCCAUGAUGCUAGGCUACAACGACAGGUUACAGGGCAUCGUCAGUCAGCUGGAUGAGGCCUGUCGUGCCAUCGAGGAGAACAGCCGGCGGCAGAAGAACCUUGUUUGUGAGAAGUUUGACCAGCUGUACUCCAUCCUGGAGGAGAAGAAGAGGGAGAUGAGUCUAAAGGUGACGGCCGAGCAGGAGGAGAAGGUCAGCUACAUCCGCAGCCUGACCAUUAAGUAUGGGGACCACCUGGAGGAGAGCUGCAAGAUCGUGGAAAUGGGCAUCCAGAACAUGGAAGAGCAGGAAAUGGCCGUGUUCCUGCAGAGCACAAAACCGCUUCUCAAAAAACUUGCCGAAGCAUGUAGCACGUCGCACCUGGACAAAGUGGAGCGUGGCUACGAGAAGAUGGAUCACUUCACCGCCGACUUCCGGAGGGAACGCAAGGCGUUGCGAAGUAUCGACUUCAUCCAAGAGGAGGAGGACGACGAUGACGAGGAGGAUGAUGACGAAGAGGCUGGGCAAGGGGAGCCGGCGCCCGCGUCUGUGGGAGGCAACGCUACAUCCGCCCGACCCGCCCCGCCCACCCCGGCCACCUCCGCCCCGACUGCUCCCGCCCCGCCGCAGACAAGCCCCGCCCCUGCUGCAGCCAAAAGCCCAUCGUCCAGCUCACUGUCAGCAGGUCAGUAGGGAUAUUUUUUGGGGUACACCUUUUUGAGUAUACCCUGAAGAAAGCACACUGUGCUAAGACUUUUUUGUGUUUUUACUACUUAAAUGUGACUUGUAAUUACUGGAUUUAAAAAAAUGUAAUUCACCUGUUGUGACAUUUGAGUAUUUGACUCUUCUCUGCUGAAAGACUAUGAGUUGUAAAAUGACCUUAGUUGAACCAAAAUUAUAUUUUACAAUUAGGGGUGUGCCGAUCGAUUGGCCGCCAAUCGGUUCUGGCCGAUUCUCCUGAAGAAAUGUGUGAUCAGCCAUUGCCAAUUUAUGUCAUUUAAUACCGAUCACAAACACCGAUUCCGUAUGAUUGAAACUAUUUAUUUUUGGUCCCCCCGUCUGACGAGCAUGCAGCCAGCAGCUAAUUGUGUGCCUCUCCAUACACAGCUGAUCCCCUUAAUUAAUAAUAAUCACCUCCAUAAUGGCAAAUAAACAGCAUUUUCUUUAGUUUCUUAAUUAUCAUUAUCAAGUAUUAGAGGACGAGUUUAAAAAUGCCACACACCGAGGCAUGCUAAUAGCUUAGCUAGCUAGAAACAAUUAAACACUAAGACAUAAGUGCUUAGGUAACCUGCCCAGUGGCCUUGUAAUUAGAGUGUCCGUCCUGAGACUGGAAGGUCGUGAGUUCAAACCCCGGCCGAGUCAUACCAAAAACUAUAAAAAUGGGACCCAUUGCCUCCCUGCUUGGCACUCAGCAGCAAAGGUUGGAAUUGGGGGUUAAAUCACCAAAUGAUUCCCGAGCAUGGCCACCACUGCUGCUCACUGCCCCCUCACCUCCCGGGGGGUGAACAUGGGGAUGGGUCAAAUGCAGAGAAUAAUUUCACCACACCUAGUGUGUGUGUGACUGUCGUUGGGACUUUAACUUAGUAAACUUUAAGAAGUAUACAUGUAACUACGUCGCAGCAUGCUUCAGCAUUGUCACAGUCAGAACACAUGUGGGGAGGUGGAUGGAACAAUAAAUUAGUGGUGUCGAUACCAGCGGUAGUAUCAGUAUAUAAUCGAUACAAGAGUAAUGAAAUAAAAAUGUAAAUUGUUCAAUAAUUUGGUUGUUGUUUUUGCUAAAGUUUAUAAACUCAGGUAUUAAUAAUUACUUGGACUCAUAAGGAGUCAGAGGGCAAAAACCAAAGGAUUUAAAUGAGUAAAGGAGAGUGGUUUUUGCUUUUAUUUACCGGUAGUUAUUGUGUACUAUUGACUCUGUUUUGAUACAACAAAAAAGAAUAAGGAACAAGUUUAAUUAUUGUGUUGAUAUUGUUACACUGUCAAUAGCACUCACCAUAAAUAAAUGGAACCAUGUACAGUUAGUACAUGUGAUUGUUAUUGGUAUCGGCUGAUCUCAUUCAUGGAUGAUCGUAUUGGAAUUGGCAGAAAACCCUGAUCGGACACCCCUAUUUAUAAUUCUUAUUUUAUUGCUAAUUUACAAUUUACACACUUCACAUGUUAUGUACAAAAGUAUAGGGACACCUGGUUAUAAAGUUGCCUGUGCUCUUCUGGGAAGACUCUCUGCCAGUCACUGAUGUGGGACCAGGCUGGCCAUCUCUGCUCUCAUUCAACCCAAAUGUGUCUUGAUAAAAAGCACAAAACCUUCCCCAAACUAUUUUCUCAUCGUCCGAAACCUCUUUGCUACAGUGAAGAAUUAGGACUAGGAGACCAUGGCACGACCUGUGAUUGAUGAAUUGUUCAAUUAGGACGCCUCAGGUGUCCAGUCUUGUCUAAUUACCACAAAGGACGGUCACUCGUUGAGCUUGAGCAACAUUCGAGGCAGCACAAGAGGAUGACUCACAGCUUUUGUUUGGUGUGUCAGUCAAAGAUCAUGCACCAUCACACACACACACACACACACGCCACACACACAUCAUCCUCAUUAGGUCCAUUUCAGCGUCUUGUCACUUUAUUUGAGCAAAAUUACCAAGCUUCUAAAGUUUAAGUGGAUGUGUGACUCUUGUGUUGUUAUUUUUUCCACGCUUCGCCACAGAGUUAACCCACGGCUCGGCUCUAUUUGUUCAUAUCUGUGUGGGCAAGAGUCUAAAUAUGCUUCACUGUGUUGCCAAACUAAACAGCCUCUCCAUGUUUACCAUUAAAUGUCUACA